CAUACAGCUACCUCGUCUCGCCCGAAUACCUAAAGUGACACUGACAAAAUGGCGUCAAAGGGAAAAGAGGCAGCGCAAAGUAAAGAUGCUACGCCAACAAACCCACGGGGCAUCCCCUAUGCUCCGUUCGUCGACAAGGUCGAGGACUAUGUCUCUACCCGUGACGACGUCGAACCCACUCUACGAAGCUUCCAAGAAAUGAUAUCGAAAUACCAAUUCAUGGAGAUGAACCUACAGAAGCGAAUGGGUGGCCUCAAGGAGAAGAUCCCGGAUAUCCAGAAGACUCUUGACUCGGUCAAGUUUUUGAAAUUAAGAAAGGAUGACGACGAGGCGAUAGACACGACGUUCGAACUUAAUGACACCCUGUACUCGAAGGCGAAGAUUCCUGCGACAGAGGAGGUCUACAUCUGGCUAGGAGCGAACGUGAUGCUCUCGUACCCCAUAGACGAGGCAGAGACACUAUUGAGUUCCAAGUUAUCCACGGCAAAGACCAGCUUGUCUAACUGCGAAGAAGACUUGGAUUUUCUCCGCGAACAAAUUACGACAAUGGAGGUUGCUAUAGCAAGAGUUUACAACUGGGAGGUUGUGCAGAAGCGAAAGGACAAGGUCGAGGAGGAGGAGGAGAAGAAGAAGAAAGGGAAGUCCCAAGGCGAAUAAUUAAAAGAAGAGGUCCUGCUGGUAUUUGAUGUGUCCAUGAAAUGUUAAACUGCAAAAAGUAGAGCAAAAAUGAGAAAAGUAAUAAACUCUUUGCCAGCAGAGUUUUGUUGUUUUGGUAGAUUAUGAAAAUUAGCAAGGGAUCCAGCACACCAAAAGUAUCACACGA